UAAAUGGAUAAAUAAAUAAACAAGUAAAUAAACUACAUCAGAAAGGAUUCAAAGAAAAUUUAUUCAGAGAAAUAUACUUGGAAGAAUUCUGAGAAAAACUACAGGUUUAUCUAUCAGCCAAUAUCCCGUUCUAGUUGUGCAUUUUUACACAAACAUAAACAUACCUCAAAAAUAUAUAACCACACGCUCAUACACUGUCACGCACACACAGACACAUACACACAGAAGCAGAAAUAUAUAUCCAUACUCAUAAAUAUACACAUACCUCACAUACACGUAGUAACUCUCAUAGAGACAGAAUAAUAAUCUCAGUGUCUGACAUCGAACUGCCAUAGAAUAUUAAACGGAAGAAAGAGAAACUAAAAAUUAGAUCUACGAAAUCAUGAUUAACAUUGGUAGCGUUCCGGUUUUUUCCGUCAUCAUGGAAGCAGAGUUAACCGCAAUGAGGACAGCGAACAAACACUAUUCUAUGCUAUCUCUUUUGAUCGUUCUCUUGCUGAUAACAACACUACCGAUCCAAAUUUUGACCAAGGAAGAGACAUUCAAGUCACAGAACUGUUUGUAUGCAUUCAACCUUGAUAAAAAUUUCCUGCAGAUCGCGUGUGGCCAGGGAAGCGCGUCCAACUUUACGCUCGAAAAGGCUCAAUCUCCGCAAGACAACAGCAAAGACCGUGAUAAGUUGCCUGAUGCUGUGGACGUGUCCUACACACCGUCAGGGAAAGCGUAUGCGAUACGGCGAGCGAUCAAACGUAAUGUGGAGGUGCCACAGAUCUUCUUCACUGUACCGGAUAAUGAAACACAACCUGACACUCCCGACUUGGAGUGGAUACGAAACAAUUCGAUAAGAUUUCUUCAAAUAGAGAAUAAACUAAUAUCCUUUGUCAGCGUAUUAAACAAUGUAAGCAAGACCCUCAAAGAUGGCAACCUAGGGUUGAAAAGACGCUUGAGAAAACUUGUGGAGAUACAAAACGGAGCGGUGUUUUUCCCGACAGAAAGUAACGAAAUGUACGUGUCCUAUCUUCAAAACCAACAGCAUUAUCUUACCUCACAGUUUACUCUCCAGAACCAUCUUUUGACUGAUUUGACCACUACACUGACAUCAAUGUCGGAGUUCACGCGCAUCGUUUUAGAUAAGCUUCUGACUGUCACCGAGGAACAGGAGAAAGGCGUGCAAUAUUUGGGCAGAACACUUGUAGCAAUCAAAGAUGAUAUGACUUCUAGUAAAGAGAGAUAUCAACCAACGUCUGCUAACAUUAAAUUUCAAGAUAAAUGCAAUGCUGAAACAGUUGUUGGGAUUGGUCAAAUGGUAAACGAUAUCAAUGUUGGUGUAAGACAAGGUGCCAUAAUGCGAGAUGUCAUACCUGAAAACUACGGUAAAACUUGGCUGAUGUAUGGGCAUUCAGGCAGCAAUACAUUAGUCGAGUACGAUUCAGAAUUAGCCUUCAUUCACGAACUGGUCAGUAAAACAUAUGAACUACCGUUUUAUUGUGAAGGCACCGGUCAGGUUGUAUACAAAAACGCGCUCUAUUGUUUGAAAGCGAAAACAAAUAUAAUGAUUCGCUAUGAUCUCGGUGGGUCAGCUUUCAUCGACGAAUACCCGCUAGAAGGAGCUGGGGUGCAUAACGUAUACCCUUAUCAAAACAACAUAUUGAGUGAUGUCGAUUUCGCUGUCGACGAGUUUGGUCUAUGGGUCACGUACUCCACUGUCGAAGCUGACGGCAAGCUGGUUGUUAGCAAACUAAACGAAAAUACUAUGAUCUUAGAAGAGGUAUGGUUAACAAACUUUCCAAAGAAAUUACUCUUGAAUUCGUUUAUAGUAUGCGGGGUCUUAUACGGAGUCGAAGCACCACCGUCUUCACACGCAUUUGUUCGUUAUAAAUAUGACACCCGAACAGGAAUCGAUAGUGUGUUAGGCGCUAAAGAUAUGAUCCUUCCAAUUGUGAACCACGACGUUAGGGUGAAUGUGGCAAUGAUGGAUUAUAACGCCUUACAGAAAGUUCUACACGUCUGGAAUAACUUCGGUCACGUGGAAACUUAUCCGGUAUUAUUUAAAACUAAGGAAUAAUCUCUACUCGUUAUGUUUGCAAAACAUACAUCAUAUAUAGAAGAUUAUGUAUUUCUUUAUGCUUUUUAUCUUUAAGCCUAAUUUUGUUUUUGGCGUCGUUACACGGAAUAAUCAAAUGCAUAUAUAAAUAAUACACAAGGCUUGAGAUAAAGAAGAUAUUUUCAAUAUUAACCUGGUAUACAAAAAAAAAAAAAAUACCCAAGAAAAAACAAGAAAAGCAAAACAAAAACAAAA